ACAAAUUUAGCACCAAAAUAUCACGAUAUUUUGAAAACAUUGACUACAAAAAUGGCUUGGAUAAUCCAGAAACUUGGAUAAGCGAGGCUUGGAUAAGUGAGACUCUACUGUAUAUAUAGAUUCCUUCCAACGAAAUGAUCCUGAGGGCUAAUUUAGCAGUUGCUCCCUGUUUUCUGCACUGCAUGACAAGCUGCAUUGCAACUCUAGGCUGUGUAUUUAUCAAACUCCCUUACCUUUUCCAAGAGGUGUGCCUCACAAACAUUGGCUGCCUCCAAAGGCUACACUUCCAGUAGGGACCCAAAGCAAAGUUCUUGGGGAAAGCGCAGAAGAGGUUAAGGAGCAGCUGAGGGUAUGAAAAAACCCAAUUCUAAUUGAAGGAAAGGCUACAUUGAAUGCAUAGGGUGCUUUCCUUUGCUGCCAGGUCUUGCUUGGGACUCCUCCAAGGUAGCAAAAGAUCCUCUCCUCACAGCUGAAACCAUGGCAAAAAGAAUAGCAGUUAUUGGUGCCGGUGUAAGUGGACUAACAUCCAUCAAAGCCUGCCUAGAAGAGGGACUUGAGCCCACUUGUUUUGAGCAAAGCAAUGACAUUGGAGGACUUUGGAGAUUCACAGAAAAACUGGAAGAAGGGCGGGCAAGCAUCUAUUAUUCAGUUGUCACCAAUACCUCCAAAGAGAUGACGUGCUUCAGUGACUUUCCAAUGCCAGAACACUUCCCAAACUUUCUGCAUAAUUCCAAGUUUCUGCAAUAUUUGCAUCUGUAUGCAAAGCACUUUGAUCUCCUCAAAUACAUCAAGCUUAAGACCACAGUCCUCAGGAUAGAAAAAAGCCAGGAUUACUCAAUCAGCGGUCAAUGGGCUGUGGUUACAGAGAAAGAUGGGAAACAGGAAUUCUUCAUCUUUGAUGCUGUCAUGGUCUGCACAGGUCACCAGAAUGAAGCAUAUAUCCCGCUGAAGGAUUUUCCUGGUUUUGAAAAGUUCAAGGGGAACUAUUUCCAUAGCCAAAAUUAUAAGGAUCCAGAUGGAUUUAUGGGAAAGACGGUUUUGAUAAUUGGAAUGGGGAAUUCAGCGGCUGACAUUGCUGCAGAGAUCUGUAGGAAAGCAAAGAAGGUCUUCAUCAGUACCAGAAAUGGCUCCUGGGUGAUGAGCCGAGUGGAUGACAAUGGCUAUCCCUGGGACACCAUCUUUCACACCCGCUUCAAGAAUAUGAUUCAGAAUUCACUCCCUUGGUUCCUUUUGCAAUGGAUGAUAGAAAAAAAGAUGAACCAGUGGUUUAACCAUGAAAACUAUGGCCUAGUGCCAAAAAACAGGUCACUGCUGAAAGAACCAGUGUUCAAUGAUGAUCUUCCAAGCCGUAUCCUGUGCGGAGCUGUGACAGUGAAGCCUUCUAUCAAGGAAUUUACCGAAACCUCUGCCAUUUUCGAAGAUGGGAGUAUAGAGGAGAAUGUGGAUAUUGUCAUUUUUGCAACUGGAUACAAUGUUGCAUUCCCUUUUGUGGAUAAGUCAGUGAUUGAGGUGACUGACAAUCGUAUCCCAUUGUAUAAGCAUAUUUUUCCUAUUCAUCUGGAGAAGCCAACAUUCGCAAUUAUUGGUCUCAUCCAACCCCUUGGGUCAAUCAUGCCCACUUCAGAACUGCAAGCCCGCUGGGCUACCAGAGUCUUUAAAGGACUGAGUUCUUUGCCUUCAGUAAGCACCAUGGUGGCUGACACCAACCAAAGAAAUGAGAGAAGAAUACAACGGUUUGGCACCAGCCGCAAUCAAUCGAUCCAAACAGAUUUCAUUGAGUACCUGGAUGAGCUUGCUGUUGAAUUAGAAUCAAAGCCAAAUCUGUUCUCAUUGUUACUGCGGGAUCCCAAGCUGGCCAUGAUGAUCUUCUUUGGGCCCUGUAGCCCAUUCCAGUUUCGACUUAUGGGACCUGGGAAAUGGGCAGGAGCCAGGGAUGCCAUAUUCACCCAGAAGGAACGGGUCAUCAAACCUACUAAAACCCGAGUUGUGGGCAACUCUCCAAGCUAUAAACAGUUUUUCCUACUUAAAAUCAGUGGUAUCAUUGUUGUCUUGGCUGCUCUAUUCCUGAUCUCCACCAACUAAUACAAGAAUUAUGGUUUGAAUUUAGAUUGCAAAAGUUAUGCAUGGCUCCUCCUACAAUAAUCAGUUUAUCUGUGGAAUCAUUGAUUCCAUGGCUGCAGUCAGACCUCUAUUGUUACAAGCUUUUGCGUAUGCAUUCAGAAAUGAAAAAUGUUUUCUUCCUCAAAAAAUGUGCAAUAUAAAGGUGGUGUGCAAAGAUACUCUGAUAUAUGUCUGUAUAUAAAACAUAAGUAUUUACUUAUAAUCCCCCCCAAAAAAGUUCAACUUCCAGAUUCCUCUCCACUGUGCCUGGUGCCUCGAGAUACACCUGGCCAUGGGAGAGGCAGGCAGGGAGGCCGGAUGAGUGGGAGGAGAAUGAUGCAGUGGUGAGGAAACUCCCUGGGGUCCAUAGCAGUGAUGAUAGUGCCCUAUCUCUCCUUAUUGCCCCUAGGAGGGCUUUGAGAUUUUUUUUAAACUUUCAUGAAGGGUAAUCUACCUGACCCCCUGAAAAUGUGGAGGGCCAAGUGUAGCUGAGACCACAUAGCCCAUAGCAAUUCUGUCCAUAACUUCAAGGAAUAUUCAUCUUUCUCUUUACCCCCCCCCCCCCCUAGCUGUUUUAGAUUACAUGUAUUCACAUUCAUAUUGAAAAACAUCUAGGAAACUCAGUGAAAGGGUAGGCAGGGUACAAAAAUUUCAGAAUUUCUCAGAGAAUAUUUGUAGGUAUUUUGGUAUCUGUUUUGUAAGGUACUCAUUUUACAUUUUAUUGCAAGAAUACAUAAUUAAGUCAACACAGGUAAGACAGAAUAGAGGUACAGGCAAUCCACACAUUACGAACAAUAUAGGUUAUGUAGGUUUGUUCUUAUCCUGAAUUUGUUUAUAAGUUGGAACAGAUACAUUUUUAAGUGUAACUCCAGCCGUGUGUGUGUGUGUGUGUGUGUGUGUGUGUGUGUGUGUGUGUGUAUAGGUAAAGGUAAAGGUUUCCCCUGACGUUAAGUCCAGUCAUGUCUGACUCUGGGGGUUGGUGCUCAUCUCCAUUUCUAAGCCGAAGAGUCGGCAUUGUCCGUAGACACCUCCAAGUUCAUGUGGCCGGCAUGACUGCAUGGAGCGUGUGUGUGUAUGUAUGUAUAUAUGUGUAUGUAUGUGUGUGUGUGUGUGUGUGUGUGUGUGUGUGUGUAUAUGUGUGUGUGUGUGUGUGUGUGUGUGUGUGUGUGUGUGUAAGCUUUGGGUAGCAUAGGGGAAGGUUAAUACCCAUUGGUGUUUAUUUUGCUGUCUGUGUCCCUGUUCAGAAGGUUUCACCUCACUUUCUGUCCCUGUGAUAAUUGGAUUUUGACCAUGCUGGCUUGUUGUGGAAACAAGGAUUGGAGAGAAAGCUUUAGUGGAGACACCUUUUCCCCAUACCUCUUCCUUGAGUGAAUUUCCCUUCUGAGGGGUAGAUUUCCCUCACUUCCUGUUGUCUCAUCCUUGUUCUUAACUAUGAGUUGUUUGUAAGUUGGAUGCUUGUAACCCAGGGACUACCUGUACUCCACUGGCAAUCAUAGCACACCAAUUGUAAUCAAAUACAUUUUGUACAUUAAAAAAUGAGAGAAGCACAAGAGAACACUGUAUAAUAAAAUGCUUUCUUUUAAGAUGA